ACCAUGCAGCUGGCUCUGUCGCUGCUGCUCCUGGCCGCUUGCGUCACUGCUUUUGCGCAGAUCGCGUGGACGCCCAUCUUUCUUGACGCCACCAGCCAAGUGGACCUAUGGACGCAAUCGCCGAAGGGCUGCGCGUGCCCGUCGGGCGCAGACGGGGACUGCGCGUGCUGCGUGCGCGACGGCGCGUGCCCGUGCGGCGAAGUGGCGCCGGCGCGCUGCGCGCAGUGCGGCCUGGAACAAUACUGCGCCAAUAUGUGCAACAUCACAAUCGACUCACGCAUCCUCAAGACCAAAUCCGGCAAAACGUUUGGGCAGAUCAAAUCGCCCUCCAUCCAAGGCCCUGGUGCCUGCUCCUACUUUCUACAGCCCGACGCUGGCCAGCGAGUGGAGAUUCAGCUCUACAGGCUGGUCUCCGUUGGAAGGUUCAAUGGCACCAGUUGCGAAGGAGGCUGGCUGCAGCUGAGCGGCGCGAGCGCGGUGCGCGCGGCGGGCGCUGGCGGCCCGGCCGAGACCCGCCUCUGCGGCGCCAAUGAGCGCUACACCCCGCCCGUCGUGCUGUUCGCAGACCACGGCGCUUCCACUUUGGAAUUUAGGAUAACGGAGAAGACGGACCGGUCACAGUUCCUCGCGUUCUUCAGCUUCACUUCUCUCAGCAACACGCAAGGCGUAGGCUUCCACCCGAGCGGCGGGUCCAGAAUACCACUUACAGAUUGCGACUGGCUGUACCAAGAUGUGUCGUGCCGGGGGCCCAGCCCGUGCGUGCUGGCAAGCCCGGGCUACCCGGGCCUGUACCCGCCGCACCGCCGCUGUCGCUACCUCUUCGCCACCAACUCCGUCAACACCAGGGUCAAAAUCAUCUUCACAUCCAUUUUGCUGCCUAGAAAUCACUGCGCCACGGAUUACCUAACGCUUCGAGCUGGCAACUCGCCCUCAGCUCCUUUGCUGGCGACGCUUUGCUCAGAGAGAAGCGCUACAUUGGAGCAACCCGGACCAAACCUAUUACUAGAAUUCAAUUCGGGACCGCUGGUGCCGCCGUACGACUACAACGGGUUCAUCGCUCGGGUGGAGUUCACGGAGGGGGUGGACGGCAGCGCGCCGCCGCCCACGGUAGUUGCCUCGCCGCCGUUGGCUGCGCUCACGCAUCACACGUCGCACGAAGAUAGAUUGUUAGAUUUGGACAGCGACUCCGUGGCAAAUGAGAUCUCGAGCGGCGUGGGCGCCGGGGGGCGCGUCGGGUGCGGAGCGCGCGUGCGCGGCUACGGGCCCGGCGGCGCGCGCUCCGGACACUUCGACACGAGGGCGUCCGCGUGGCGCGCGCAGUGCGCCAUACAUCUGCUGGGCACGCCGACUGACGUCGUGCAAGUUACAUUGUUUAAUUAUAAUUUAAGGUUACAAAGUUGUAGAUCUCAUAUUGAGAUCUUUGAAGGACUUCACGAGUUCCCCUCGAGAGAGAGGGGCGAGCGGUCAGACAGAGCGGACCGGACGCUGCUGAGAGUGUGCGGUCCGGCCGUGAGAGAAGCGAGGGACCCCUCUGGGAGGUUCCUGGUGCGGCAAGCAGUGAUAUCCAAGGGUGCUAACUUGACCAUUUUGGUUCGACGCGCGACAUCGCAGAGCGCUGAUGAUGAAGAAUUCCUUGACGGCGCUUUUGCGUUUCAUGACGAACAACACGAAGGUACUGCGUCUCCGGACGCUACUUGCACGGCCACGCACUAUGGGCUGGCGGCGCCAGCACACGGCGGCGUGGCCGCACCAACACACCAUCACGUGUUCUGGAACCUCGAGGAGCGGCUGGUGUGCACGCACCGGUUCAUACCGGCGGCUAACCAAAGCGUCACCAUCGAGAUUCAGCGGUUGGAACGCAUGUGGAGCGCCGAACCGGCCGGGUCGGGCGCGGCGGGCUGCCGUACGGCGUGCGGUGACGCCGGGUGCGAGUGCCGGGCGGCGACCCCUCUACAUUACCACGACCACGUCGCGCUCGUGGCAGGCGACGGCACGCACCUGUCCUGUUUGUGUGGUGACUUUCAGGCGGCGUGGCUGCCGGUGGUCGUGCGCAGCUGGACGAGCCUGCGUCUCGAGUACUCGGUAGCACACUACACGUUUGCAAGCCGAGGCUUCGACUACGCUGCCGCAUACAGCUUCAACGACGACGCCAUGUGCGGACAGCGCACCUUUACAACCCAUUCUGGUGAAAUAUCUUCGCGAAACGUGCCUGUAACGGGCAGCCUAAACGAAUUCUUUUACCAACAAUGCACUUGGGUGUUGGACUCAAAUGUUGAAAGACAACUCUACAUUGAUAUAUCCUCAGAACAGGACAAGUCGUGUGGAUCAUGGAACAUCACGCUGCACGAGUGGGCUGGCGCCGGCGCUGGUGACACGGGGCUGGCGGCGGCGGCCGGAGACCGGCUCUUCACCUUCUGCGCGCGCUACAAGAACCACACAUAUUCGCUGCCCUACAAACAGAACACUGUCGUCAUAAGACUCGUGGCGUUGUCACGGCAGCAGCCGCUAUACACGAUCCGGUGGCGGUCGCAGGUGGUGCGCGCCAACACGCGCCUGGGCGCGCCCACGCCCGCGCCUGCCGCUUCCGCCAGUGAAAUCACCACUCAUUUACACCGUCUUCUACUCUCCGCGGUCCUCUACAGUCUACAUCAACGCUCAAACUUUCCAGCCAGUGACUGUGUGAUUUAAAUUAUUCCGAGAAUCUCGGUGGCUGUUUUGCAUAUUUACUUAUUGAAAUUUAAAUUUUUUGAAGCCGUGCGAACGAUGUGAAUUGAGUGCGGUGAGAAGACUGUUUCUUUAAUUAGGUGUAUCUUAUAGUCUUCAGUUUCGUAUAUUUGAUAUUGAAUGAAUAUCUGAAGCUAUAACAGAUGUUUGAGAAUUAUACUGGUAAAUAAAAGUGAUUUUGUUCAUAAACACAGGGUGUUUUAUGUU